AUGACGUUGGAUGAAGAAAACGACUCGGUGUACAUCGAGGACAUGGAAGCCGUGCAGAAGUUACGGGACCUGCUGCAUCAGGCUCUGCUGGAGCUGGAGGUCCAGCGACACCCUGACGACCCUCAGCGUGUGGGACGUCUCCUCCUCACCCUGCCCCUCCUCAGGCAGACCGCCGGCCGGGCCCUCACCACCUUCUACAGCAUCAAAACCCGCGGCGGCGCGCCCAUGCACAAACUCUUCCUGGAGAUGCUGGAGGCCAUGAUGGACUCACCCUAGAGAAGAGAUGACGUUGGAUGAA